AGUACUUUGAUUCUUCAGGAGGAGUCAGUAUUAUAUGGAAGCGCAGACUGGCCUGGUUCUUUACUGUUUCUUUUUCAGGCUACCACUUUCGUUUCCAGCAGGUAAAGGGUUAAGAUUUGCCACUCAGUGCAAUCGCGACUCUAAAUUUCCCUCUUUCCUACAAAUGUGAAAUACAUGUAGAAUUAUUGUAUUUUACCUUGUAUUUUACAUUGGUACGAAUUAAAAACGUAUCGCUCAUUCUUAUCAAUUCCUGCUAGAUUAACUCUAAAAAAUGGUAUGUUUACAAUAUUCUUUCCAUACACAAUUUUAUGAAGCUAAGCAAGGACAAUAAAUGAUCAAGACUCUCGAUUAAUCUUUCGCCAUGUUUAUUGGUAACGCUUGUGUAAUAUAUUCUAAUGUUAAUUGAAAUAAAAAUUAACGAUUAAGAAAAUUGAUCAGAGAUUAAAAGAUUUAUGUCAGAACCAUCCUGCUAUACUUCCAUUACGUCAUUAACGUUGUAAUGACGUUAUUAUAAUCUUAUUUUGUGACGUAACUUGUCAUAGAAACGACGUUCCGCAACAUAAGAUAUCAACAGACUACGGUAUGUGGAUGCGUUUUUAUUAUCAUUAUUUUUAAUUGCUUUAUUAAUUCGUUAACCGAAUGUAAUGGUCAGUAAAGUGUUUCAAAAUGUUACACAACUAAUUGAGUUAUAAUUAUCAUAUAUAUUUUAGCUCGAUAGUGAUAAAAUAUUAAUUGAUCCUUUCUCAAAGUCCGCUUCCUCACAUGGUUAUGACUCCAGUAUGACUCAAAGGUUUAGAAAGACACCUUAAUAGCAAAGUAUUCUGCCACUAUCAAUGUGUAGUUUUGAAAAAGUGUAAUUAUGAUUUCUGUUCUAAUUUACACAACAAUAUUUCAAAUAAAUCAAAUAUGUUGAACAAACUUAUUUGGUGCGAGUACACUAAAAGUCUUAUUGAAUAUAAAAAUCUUUUUUACAGUGAAUUAUGAACAGGUUAUCAAGAAACGACUGCAAAGCUCACUCAAGAAUGAACAGAAAUUGUUCAUCAAAAAGGGCAAAGUCUUUAUGUGGCACAAAUAGAAGACACGAUUCCCAAAGAAAAUUGACAAAUCGAAGAAAAGCUGAUGAUAAGACCUCACAGAAGAAAAGGCGAAGUAAGAGCGUUUUACCACCACAAGGUCAGAGGAGAUCGAUGCCACAAAAACAUGGUGAAGUUGGACAGCGCAAAAGACGAACACACAGACAUAAAAGUUCUAGAGCUGAAAUAAGGAACCAGUCUGCAUGUGGUAAAUUAAUUUGAAAUAAAUUGUUUAAU